GAUCAUUUGAAGGUGAUCGCAGCCGAAGGCGAGCAACAGGCCUCUCGCGCACUGUGUGAAGCGGCUAACUUGAUUAACAAAUCGCCUUCAGCUCUUCAACUACGUUAUUUACAAACGCUGAAUACUAUCAGCGCCGAGAAGAAUUCAACGAUAAUAUUUCCAUUUCCGAUUGAACUGCUUAGUGCACUCGUGCCAAAAAGUUAA